UGGAGCAGCGAUUCAACCCCCCGCAGCAAGACAAGCGUCGCUUGCUCGCUUCAGCGAGACGGUUCUGCGGUUGGGGGGCGAUGGCUGAUGAAAACCAGGAUAUGGGUGGCAUCCAUUUCCCUUUUCCCUUCCCACCCUAUCCUAUCCAGAAGGACUUCAUGGCGGAGCUCUAUAAGGUUUUGGAGGCUGGCAAGAUUGGGAUAUUUGAGAGUCCAACUGGCACGGGCAAGUCCUUAAGUCUCAUUUGUGGGGCCCUCUCCUGGCUCCGAGACUUUGAAGAGAAGAGAUUACAAGCAGAGGCUCGUCUCCUUGCACCUGGGUCUGGCCCCACAUGUGAUGGGAAGAACUCACUCCUGUCUUCCUCAUCUUGCCAAGAGCCCUCUGGCACCCCGAGGCCUGCUGGAGAACCCGAUUGGAUCACCGAAUUUGUUCAGAAGAAAGAAGAAAGGGACUUGGUGGAGAGACUGAAGGAGGAGCAAGCGAAAAGGAGGAAGCGGGAAGAGCGUCUGCAGCAGGUCUGUCUGGAUGGAAGGCUCAGAUUUGCAGCCAAGCGCAUGAAACAGGAAGAGGAGGAGACCGAGACUCUCCUGCGCCUCAGCAGGGAGAUGUUGGCUGUAGGGACAGGACCGGAACAGCUGGAGCAGCUGGAGUGUGGGGAGGAGGAGCUGGUUCUGGCAGAGUACGAGAGUGACGAGGAGAGAAGACCCAGCAGAGUGGACGAGGAUGAGGAUGACUUGGAGGAAGAACAUAUAACCAAGAUUUAUUACUGCAGUCGGACACACUCACAGCUGGCCCAGUUUAUACAGGAAGUACGGAAGAGCCCUUUCGGCAAGGAAACCCGGCUAGUCUCUCUUGGCUCUCGGCAGAAUCUUUGUGUGAACGAAGAUGUGAAAAGCCUGGGUUCUGUGCAACUUAUGAAUGACCGCUGUGUGGACAUGCAGAGAAGCAAACACGAGAAUGGAGCUGUGGAAGACAAGCCAAAGAGAAAGAGACGGAAAAUCCAGACCUCUUGCCCCUUCCACAACCAUGAGCAGAUGCAACUUCUCCGGGAUGAGAUUCUGCUGGAGGUGAAGGACAUGGAGCAGCUUGUGGCCCUUGGGAAGGAGGCACGGGCCUGCCCCUAUUAUGGAAGCCGCUUCGCCAUCCCUGCAGCCCAGCUAGUGGUACUACCCUACCCAAUGCUGCUGCAUGCAGCCACCCGACAGGCUGCAGGAAUCAAGCUGCAAGGCCAAGUGGUCAUCAUUGACGAGGCACACAAUCUGAUUGAUACCAUCACCAGCAUCUACAGCACAGAGGUCAAUGGUUCCCAGCUCUGCCAGGCCCAUUCUCAGUUGCUCCAGUACAUGGAAAGAUACGGGAAGCGUUUGAAGGCCAAGAACCUAAUGUACAUCAAACAGAUUCUGUACUUGCUGGAGAAGUUUGUGGCUGUUUUGGGAGGUAACAUUAAACAAAAUCCUAGUACACAGAGCCUGCUCCAGACAGGUUCUGAGCUGAAGAGCAUCAACGACUUUCUCUUUCAGAGCCAGAUAGACAACAUCAACCUGUUCAAGGUGCAGCGGUACUUGGAGAAGAGCAUGAUCAGCAGGAAGCUCUUUGGCUUCACAGAACGCUUUGGAGUUGUCCUUCCAUCUGUCUCAGCCUCUCAGGAGAACCGCAGUCUGGAUGGCUUCCAGCACUUCCUGAAGAGCCUGCAGUCAGGGCCUACCGAGGACUCCCUGGAGGACGGCCAGUCCACUGCCCCUCGGCCCGCCUCUCCUCUGAUGCACAUUGAGGCCUUUCUGGCAGCUCUCACCACUGCCAGCCAGGAUGGCAGGGUUAUCCUGAGCCGGCAAGGCAGUGUUGGUCAAAGCAGCCUCAAAUUCUUGCUCUUGAAUCCAGCUGUGCACUUUGCCCAGGUGGUGAAGGAAUGCCGAGCAGUGGUCAUUGCAGGCGGCACCAUGCAACCGGUGUCUGACUUUCGGGAGCAGCUGCUGGCAUGUUCUGGAGUGGAAGCUGACCGGGUGGUGGAGUUCUCCUGUGGUCACGUGAUCCCUCCAGACAACAUCUUGCCCCUUAUUAUAUGCAGUGGGCCCUCUAACCAACAGCUGGAAUUCACCUACCAGAGAAGAGAGCUGCCUCAGAUGAUGGAGGAGACGGGCCGCAUCCUCUGUAACUUGUGCAACGUGGUCCCUGGAGGGGUGGUAUGCUUCUUCCCUUCCUAUGAGUACCUGCGCCAGGUGCAUGCUCACUGGGACAAGACUGGCCUGCUGGCACGUUUGUCUGUCAAGAAAAAGCUUUUCCAAGAGCCCAAGAAAGCAAGCCAGGUGGAGCAGGUGCUGAUGGCGUAUUCCAAGUGCAUUUCGUGCUGCAGUCAGGAAGGAGGCCAUCUGACAGGAGCUUUGCUCCUCUCUGUGGUUGGAGGGAAGAUGAGUGAAGGGAUCAACUUCUCUGAUGACCUGGGCCGGUGUGUGGUGAUGGUGGGGAUGCCAUACCCCAACAUUAAGUCUCCAGAGCUGCAAGAGAAGAUGGCCUACUUGAAUCAGAUGAUUCCUAGGACACAAGGUCAGGCACCCCCAGGGAAGGUGUUGGUGGAAAAUCUGUGUAUGAAGGCUGUAAACCAGUCCAUAGGCAGGGCCAUUAGGCACCAGAGAGACUUUGCCAGUAUUGUGCUCCUGGAUCACCGGUAUGCCCGCCCUUCUGUCCUGGCAAAGCUGCCAGCCUGGAUACGAGACCGUGUGGAGGUCAAAGCCACCUUUGGCCCUGCCUUUGCUGCUAUGCGGAAGUUUCAUCGGGAGAAAUCACUUCCCCGUCUGGUAUAGGCUCCUCUUUUAUUCUCCCUCCUUGACCUGACCUGACCUUUGUGUUUCACCUGAGAUGGUCAAAAGCAGACACAACCUGUGAAGUCUACACCAGCCUUCCAGAAGCAGUGGAUUCCAGUGUUGUGACUUACACAGAAAAGCCACCAGGACAAAUCAAAUUCACCCUGAAGGAACAUGGCCCAGAACCUCAUUGUCAGGCGCCACAUUCCCUGAGACUGAUUCUUCCCAUGUGGCGCCUGGCUCAGCUUCAGUUUUUUUGCCUGACUUCAGGAGGCUGUGCAAACAGCUGCUCUAUGCCCUUUUAUGAGGCGAGGCCCACCCGGCCUUCAUCCUUUCUAGGGACAGUGAGUUGUUCUUGGCGUUUGGCUCCAGUUUCAGCCACAGAUGUCCCUAUUCCAGGCCCUGCUGUCCACAGGGCUUCCACAUUCAGGCUGUGUUGACUGUGGCUCCAGGAGGAGGUGGAUCUCUCUUGCUUAGCUGCUGCUCCUUCCUCAAGCCAAGGAGACCUCUUCUCUUCAGUCACCAAUUCCACCACACCUACCAUGGCCUCAGGAGCAACGCUAGGGCCACUAGACUCUUGCUGUGACUACGUUUAGAGCCCCUCUGUCACCAGAGCAUUUUUGGCGAUGGAGAAAUAUCAUCCCUCACUCUGCAGUAGUUGCCCCAACUCAUCUCUUUUUUGAAUCCAGGAAAAAAUGCUCUACUCCCUCAUUCUGUCUCAUUGCUGAGACAACCAGGUCAGGAGGACAGCUCACGGUCUGCUGAGCCA